AUGAUAAAAACACGUAUAGAGGAAGUUCAGUUACAAUUCCUCACAGGGAAUACCGAACUUACGCAUUUGAAAGUCUCCAAUGAUCAACUUAUAGUAACGACACAACGGACAAUUUACAGAAUAAAUUUACAAGAUCCGGCCAUCGUCAAUCACUUUGACUGUCCAUUAAGCAAGGAACUAGAAACUAUAAUGAAUGUUCAUGUUUCACCAAUGGGUAGUGUCAUUCUUAUUCGAACCAACUUUGGCCGGUAUAUGUUGCUAAAGGAUGGCGAAUUCACUCAAUUGAACAAAAUAAAAAAUCUCGACCUCAGCUCGCUACAUUGGAUCAACGAAACCACCUUUCUGAUGGGAAUCAAGAAGACGCCCAAGUUGUACCGAGUUGAAUUGACAGGAAAGGAUAUAACCACGAAGCUAUGGUAUGAAAACAAGAAACUCUCUGGUGGAAUUGAUGGCAUUGCGUAUUGGGAGGGCUCUCUGCUAUUAACUAUAAAAGACAACAUUUUAUACUGGAGAGACGUGACAAAUAUGAAAUUUCCUUUAGUAUUACCAGAUGAAUCUGAGCAAUUUGAAAGGUUAAAACAUCAUGCGAUAAAGAAAUUCGAUUCGUACAAUGGACUCUUUGCUUGGGUCACAUCCAAUGGAAUUGUCUUUGGUGAUUUAAAAGAAAAGCAAAUGGAAAAAGAUCCUGCUUCUAAUAAUUUUGGAAAAUUCCUAUCUUCGUCGAAGGUUCUACUCAAUUUCGAACUGCCUGACUACCAGAAUGAUAAAGAUCACCUCAUCAAGGAUAUAGUUUUGACUGCUUUCCACAUCCUGCUUUUGAGAAAAAAUACGGUAACAAUGGUGAGUCAAUUAAAUAACGACGUAGUGUUUCAUGAAACUAUACCGAGACACCAGUUGACUGGCUCCAACACUGAUAGUAAUGAGAAAUUUUUAGGCCUAGUAAGAGAUUCGGUGAAAGAAACGUUUUGGUGUUUCUCAAACAUCAACGUCUUUGAAAUUAUUAUCGAAAAUGAGCCUAAUUCGGUAUGGAAUUUAUUAGUUCGGGAUAACAAAUUUGACAAGGCCCUAUCGUUGAAAGGCUUGACGGUGAGGGAAAUAGAAUCUGUAAAACUUUCAAAGGCAAUGUACCUUUUCCACACUGCUAAAGAUUUUCAUUCCGCGGCUCAAACUUUGGGAAGCAUGAAGGACUUGUCACACUUUGGGGAAAUCGCAUUGAAUUUUCUCCAAAUAAAAGAUUACAACGAUUUGAACGUAAUAUUGAUAAAACAGUUGGAUAACGUUCCCUGGAAAUCAACUCAAGUCGUCUUGUCGAGUUGGAUUAUUUGGAAUUUUAUGAAACAAUUGAAUGAUAUUGAAUUAAAGAUAAACACAACUAAGCCAGCUUCUACUGAUGAAGACAAUUUGCUAAACUGGAACCUGAAUCUCAAGGAGAAAUCGAAUGAACUAACGAAAUUUUUGGAAAGCCAUCUAGAAAAACUUGAUAAUGAAACCGUUUAUCAAAUAAUGUCCAAACAAAACCGGCAAAACGAAUUAUUGAUUUUUGCUAGUCUAAUCAACGAUAUGAAGUUUUUAUUAUCAUUUUGGAUUGACCAAGGAAAUUGGUAUGAGUCCUUGAAAAUUCUGCUUACAAUAAAUAACCAUGACCUAGUCUAUAAGUACUCUUUGAUUCUCUUAUUGAAUUCACCAGAGGCUACUGUGUCAACGUGGAUGAAAAUCAAAGACUUGGAUCCAAAUAAGUUAAUUCCAACAAUUUUAAAAUUUUUCACAAAUUGGCAAAAUAAUUCUAAACUGAUUACUAACAUAUCAGAAUAUCCUGAAAAUUACUCACUGACAUAUUUGAAAUGGUGCGUUAGAGAAGUCCCAAAAAUGUGUAAUCCAAUAGUGUACAAUUCUAUCCUUUACAUGAUGAUUACUGAUCCGAGAAACGAUAUGAUACUAGAAAAUGAUAUAAUCAAAUUCAUGAAAUCAAACGAAAACAAAUAUGAUCUUAAUUUCCAGUUACGGUUGUCUUUAAAAUUCAAGAAAACUAAGACCUCGAUUUUCCUUUUAACACGUUUAAACUUAUUCGAGGAUGCCAUUGACUUGGCAUUGAAAAAUAACUUGAUUGAUGAUUGUAAGGUAAUUGUGAAUGACGAGAUUCUUAUAGAGGAUUAUAAAUUAAGGAAAAGAUUAUGGCUGAAAAUUGCAAAACACUUAUUACUUUCAAUGAAAGACAUAGAUAUAAAGCAAUUAAUUCGAACGAUUUUAAAUGAUUCCAACGAAAUUUUAACGAUUAAGGAUCUUUUGCCAUUUUUUAAUGAGUAUACUACAAUUGCUAACUUGAAAGAAGAACUGAUCAAGUUUUUAGAGAAUCACAACAUGAAAAUGAAUGAGAUUUCAGAAGACAUAAUAAACUCCAAGAAUUUGAAGGUGGAAAUAAACACAGAAAUUUCUAAAUUUAAUGAGAUUUACAGGAUACUAGAGCCAGGUAAGUCUUGUGAUGAAUGUGGUAAAUUUCUACAGAUCAAAAAGUUCAUUGUUUUCCCCUGUGGCCACUGUUUUCACUGGAACUGUAUAAUCAGGGUAAUACUGAACUCAAAUGAUUAUAACUUGAGGCAGAAGACGGAAAACUUCUUAAAGGCCAAAAGUAAGCAUAAUUUGAAUGAUUUAGAAAAUAUCAUUGUAGAGAAAUGUGGAUUGUGCAGUGAUAUCAACAUCAAUAAAAUUGAUCAGCCAAUAUCUAUUGAUGAAACAGAAUUAGCCAAAUGGAAUGAAUAG